CUUGCUGUUGCACACACCCACCAGGAGUUUAUCCACCCGCCACCAUCUUUCUCCAUGGCCCCUUCCCCAAACAAACAUGACCCCUCCAGGGUGGCCCGCAUCCUGCUAUCCCAACACUCCCUGGAGCUCAUCUCUUGUUCCAUUCUCCAAACACUUUGGGCCGGCUAUGGCCACAUCUGCGCCAUCACCGCCCGCGCUACUACAACGGAAGCCGAAACGCAUCUCAGCACGCUAUGCGGAGUGGAAUCCCAAGGGGUAGGGACAAUCUACCCGCUGAUCCUCAAGCUCAUUGCCCCACCUCGGGGGACAACGGGUCGAGAGGAAGACGAAGGCCACUUAAGGAAGAUGUUCAGCUAUGAAGUGGAGCAGGUCUUCUAUAGUGAGGUGGUUCCGCGCUUGGGGGAUCAGGUGGCUGUGGCUGCCUGUUUGGCUUCCACGCGUGGGAUGGCGGAGAGCGAGGAGGACUUUCGCGGUCUGAUGGCCACCAUCAUGGUUGACCUGCGGCCGAGGUUUCCGGUGGCGGGCGGCAGGAGGAGCGCGUUGACUCCCACGCAGGUGCAUGGUGCCCUGGAUUGGCUGGCUGGGUUUCACCGCUGCUCGUGGAAUCUACUGCCUGAGACUUUGGAUGCGUAUGUAUUGCCGCCGCUGCAGGAAUCGAAGAGACGGGAACUGGGGAAGGACGGCGGGACUGGAUUGUGGCUCAACGGAGGGUAUACGUACCUGGAGACACGACGGAAGGAGUAUGCCUCUCUCGCGCAGGAUGUGGAUUCGGAAUGGUCCGAUGCACUCUGCCGGGUGUUGGAUGGUGAUUUGGUGUCGGUGGCUGAGAUGGUGGCCCUGGUCUUGAGUCCUUGCGGACGCCCGAUGGAGUCAUAUAUCCAUGGCGAUGUUAAGUCGGAAAACCUCUUCACCAACACGCAGGGCAACAAGGUGGCAUUCUUUGACUUCCAGUAUGUCGGGCUCGGUUUGGGGGUCUGCGAUCUCGCGAAACUGUUUACAUGCUCGGUUCCUCUUGAGAUGCUGGUGGAUGACGAGGACCCUUUGCCUGAGCAAUUGACCAUGCAGGAGGGCGAGAGGCGGCUGCUGGAGUGGUACCGCACAAGUCUCCUGGAGAGGGAAGAGCCGGAUCGGUACGGAUGGGAUAUGUUCAAGCGACACUGGGAGGUGGCGCUGGUGGACUGGUGUCGGUUCCAGGCUUCAUGGGGAUUCUGGGGGAACACUGAAUGGCUCGAGGCCCGUGUCAGGUCCAUUCUCAAUGACCGGGAGUGGCGGAACUGGUUGAAGUCGGAUAUCAGCAGUAGAUAGAAGUGGUUUAUAUUUAGACACGGCCUAUCGCACAAGGUCACCAUCAUGAAGACAUUUGCUUGUGUUCUACGACUUUCAAACAUACAAAGCAGUCGCAGUUCAAGAAAGCAACAUAAUUUGUAUAUUAACAUAGCAC